UACUGUAUUUAUAAUUUAAUAAAAAAAGUGUUGUGAUAUAAAAAAAUUUACAUGAGAGUUAAAGACUUUUAUUAUAAAUUAAAUGUGUGAACUGAUAUUAUUUUUUUAAACAAAAAAUUCUGAGACUGAUUUCAAAUUUGGUGCAACAUUUAAAAAACAAUGUCGAUUGCAACAUGUUACGCCAGCUACGAUUUAUCAUCUUUACAUCAGCCAUCAUCAACAUUAAAUCAACAGCCAAAUUCAACACCACAAUCAACAGCCAUAUCAUCUAGAAUAGCUCAACAUAAGGAUUAUUCACGACCAUUACAUGUGGAUUGUAGUGUUGAAUACGAAUUACCAAGUCAGGCUAAACCACCUCCAGGUGGUCGUAAUGAGCCAUUAUUAAUGAUACAUCCAUGUUAUUUCCGUAAAAUGGAAUCACAACGACGUAGUCCAUUUAUUAAUAAUUUACCUGGUCGAACGACAAACACAACAAGUAGUUCUUCAACCAGGAAGUCAUUAGCAUCAUCAUCAACUUCAUCAACAAAUACCACAGCUUUAACUAGAUCAACAAAUUCAACAAAUAGUCUUACACAACAGCAACAACAGUGUAUUCAAAGGAAUGUACAACAAAAUAAUUUAAUUCAACAACAAAUUAGGCAUCAACAACAGUUACAACAAAAUAAUCAACAAAUUCGACAGCAAACUCAGUCAACAUCGAAUACAAUUCGACAGUCAAAUACUCAAGCAACAAAUCAACAGAAUGGUAUGCCAUCAACAAUACGACAGCAACCACCAAAUCAACAAAUUCAACCUUCGAGUACAAUUCGACAGCAAACUCAACAGAGUAAUCAACAACAAAUUCAGUCAAAUAAUAGUUUAAUACAACAAACACAUAGAAAUAUAAUGCAACAGCAACAGCAAGCCGUCGCUGCGGUUGCAGCAGCAGCCGCCGCACGUAAUCAACAACAAAAUAGUCAACAAUAUUCUACAAAUAAUUAUCAACAACAAAUUGUAAAUAAUUCAUCAACAAAUAGGCAACAACAAAUUCAACAAAAUCAAACACCUCAUCAAUGGACAACCGAUCAGCAAUUAAAUCAACAACAUUACCAUUAUAAUACAAAACAAAUGAGUAACACUGGUACUGCCGUCGGAAGUUGUAAUAAAUUGGAACAAAAUUUAAAUUGUGGAUCAACUUUAGGUGUAUAUAAUACAAAUUCAACAAUAAAUGAUGGUGGAUUAUGGUCAACAACAAACCAAAGUCCAUUAGUUGGUGAACGUUUUCCGGGUACUGAUCAACAUCAUCAACAACAAGUCACUUUAGUAAAUAAUAAUAGCCAUAAUCAAAUUUUAGAUAAUAAUAAAACUAAUAAUAAUAAUGUUAUAACGGGUAAAUAUCGACAAUAUCUUCGAACACAUCGGUUACAUCCAUACAUGAGUAUGGCAGCAUCAGCAUUUCCACAACUUGCCCAAAUGCAGCAAAUUUCCUGUUACAAUGUCUGAUGGAUUUAAAAAAGAAUUCCAAGUCAUCAUUUUUUUCUUUUGUAGUGAAAAUUAAUUUUUGUGAUUUAUUUUUUUUUUUUUAAAUUUCAUCUCUGGCUGUAGUGUUUAUAUAAAUUAAAUGUGUGCGUGUGGGUGUGUUUGUGCGAAUCCAAAAAAGUGAUGAAAAUGCUUAAAAUAGUGUUGGAUAGAAAAAAAAUUAGAAAACAAUUUUUUUUAUUUAAAAAAGUGAGUUAUUUU